AUGAACUUCACGGUGGGAUUCAAGCCACUGCUGGGAGAUGCACACAACAUGGACAGCCUGGAGAAGCAGCUCAUCUGCCCCAUCUGCCUGGAGAUGUUCUCCAAGCCCGUGGUGAUCUUGCCCUGCCAACACAACCUGUGCCGCAAGUGUGCCAACGACGUCUUCCAGGCCUCUAACCCUCUGUGGCAAUCCCGGGGCUCCACAACGGUGUCGUCGGGAGGACGUUUCCGCUGCCCAUCUUGCAGGCACGAGGUUGUCCUGGACAGGCAUGGUGUCUACGGCCUGCAGCGGAACCUGCUAGUGGAGAACAUCAUUGACAUCUACAAACAGGAGUCCUCCCGGCCGCUGCACUCCAAGGCUGAACAGCACCUCAUGUGUGAGGAACAUGAGGACGAGAAGAUCAACAUCUACUGCCUGAGCUGUGAGGUGCCCACCUGCUCUCUCUGCAAGGUCUUUGGCGCCCACAAGGACUGUGAGGUGGCCCCUCUGCCCACCAUUUACAAGCGUCAGAAGAGUGAGCUGAGCGACGGCAUCGCGAUGCUGGUGGCAGGCAAUGACCGUGUGCAGGCAGUGAUCACGCAGAUGGAGGAGGUGUGCCAGACCAUUGAGGACAACAGCCGCAGGCAGAAACAACUGUUAAACCAGAGGUUCGAGACUCUAUGCGCGGUUUUGGAGGAGCGCAAGGGCGAGCUGCUUCAGGCGCUGGCCCGGGAGCAGGAGGAGAAGCUACAGCGCGUGCGGGGCCUCAUCCGUCAGUAUGGAGACCACCUGGAGGCCUCCUCGAAGCUGGUGGAGUCGGCCAUCCAGUCCAUGGAGGAGCCGCAGAUGGCUCUCUACCUCCAGCAGGCCAAGGAGCUGAUCAACAAGGUCGGGGCAAUGUCGAAGGUGGAGCUGGCCGGCCGGCCGGAGCCGGGCUACGAGAGCAUGGAGCAGUUCUCCGUGAGCGUGGAGCACGUGGCCGAGAUGUUGCGGACCAUCGACUUCCAGCCGGGCGACGCUGGGGAGGAGGAGGAUGACGAGGUGGCUUUGGACGGGGAAGAGGGCAACGCGGGGCUGGAGGAGGAGCGGCUGGACGGGCCAGAAGGUGAGAGUUGGACGAAGGUUUUGGAGUGA